AUGUGCUGGCCUGAAGGACUGAAGGAAGCUUCAAGCUCUGCCCUGGCGGAAUACAUUUGUGAAGGACUUCAAAUGGAAUCAGACACUCCAAGCAAGGAAAAAACGGGUCCCCAAAACCUUCCAAUGGCUUCUUUCCAUUGGGGAGCAGCCCUGUCUGCAGUGAAAGAUCAGAUUCCAUCAAUGGACUCAGAUCACUCAACGUCUGAUGGUGAUGAAGAGGGGGACCUUUUCAUCUUCCAGCGAGAUCUUUCCAAGCUGAUUCCUGACUUGUCUGAGGAACUGGAAGACUAUUCACUGGACAUAACCAACUCGCAGAAUACGGUCCCGUUCACGGAACAUCCACUAGAGCUCCAGAAUGAAGAUUUAGAUGCCUCAUCUUUUCAGGCAGAAGAGAGCAGUCCUCAGUCUGGCUCAAGGGGACACGUUGUACUAGACAGAGAUGACUUUGACCUUGGAGUUAAAGACCCACCAAGUGAACAAGGCGUGAUUUCACUGGAGUUGCCUCUGCACGAGCACGAAUCCAAGGAGGGCAUCUCAGGAACCCUUGCGGAGAGGGAUCCAGCAGCUAAGAAGGGCAAGGAGACUUGGGGUUUGACACCUGACCAACUGCCGUCAGUGAAAGGAUUGACUUUUUUAAGUGAAAAAGAAAAACAAAUCGAAAUUGACAGCGGAAAGGAAGGAAGGAAAUUAAUAGAAACAAAAAUCCACUCCAAGGAGACACCAAAAAACAAUAACAACAACUUAGGGAGAACGACUAAGGAGAAAAGUGAGCAGUGUGCUGUUUCAGCCAAACACCCUCGAGAGCUGAGGUUGUUUGCCCUCAAGGACAUGGAGAAGUGGGAUCUAGACAAAGUUUUGCAAGAUCUGGAGACACAAAGCGAGGCCAGCAGAAGCCAGACAGCGGAGGAAGCAGCUUUCCCUUGGAUGGACCAUGAAACCCGCAGGGCUGUGUCACAAAUGAAGCUCAUGGGGAAGCUGAAAGAGCUGUGUCUGAAGCAGUCAAGGGCAUUUUUCAUGCGCAGAAGGCGGCGGCUUGCCAAGUUUCCCCAUUUUAAUGAGGGUCAGGGGGAUGGGAGAGAUGUCCCCUCCUUAGUACCGUCAACAAACAAUCAAAACUCCACUCCAAUGGGAUUACAAUAUACUCCAGAACCACCAACCGUGUAUAUUGAUUUAAGGGACACAGAACCACAGAACUGCGGAUUAUUGGGUGAAGAAAAACAAAGCUCAAGAGACAGCUCCACAGACAGCGAAGAAGACACAGAAGCGAUGGGCCAAGAAAAAGCGAGACCAGGGGAGUUUUCUCAACUGUCACGCAAAAAUUGCACCGCGAAGAGUUUUCUGCUACAGCAGCUACGCCACUUUCGCCAAAGGAUGACUCAGGUUCCUACAAAGGGCUCUGGAACGAUUGCCCAUGAUGAAGGAAGGGGGCAGGAUCUUAAAAGAGUGGAAGAAACCGGUCUGCCAAAAGUCAGGGGGAAAGACUGCUUGAAACCACGGGGGCUGACAUCACUAGGCUCAAAACAUUCAGAUGCCAUUGCAAAGAGCGUCCCCUUCCUUGGCCAGGUCCUCAGCCAGUCUGACUCCUCAAGAGAUCUCAAGAAAGAAAUUGGGGAAGGGUCGCCUUUGGAGACAACGCAAGCGUCUUUGGAAGACCAAGGCACAGGCUGCCCAAGGACAGGAGAAGACCUGAUAGAAAAGAAGGCCCAAGAGAAGCAGAGGCGGCAGAGACUCCACGACCAGCUGGAGGGAUCAAAGCCUCGGCUUUCUGUCACCGGGAAGCAGCCCAUGGCAGAGCAGACGCCCAUCUUGUUCCACCCGAUCUCCGAGCAUCGAGAGACAUCGGUACCAUCAUACACGUUUCCCGGAGAGAUCCCCUAG